UGUCUGGACUUGGCUAGGCUAAGUGUCAGAGUCUGAGCACAGAAACUCAGCUGAGACAGAGACGGAGAGAUGUUGGGGCAGGAGUCGUCCUCCAGAAGGAGAGCAGUGAGGAAAACAGGAUGGAGGAAGAGGAGGAUGGAGAAGUGGAAUAAUGGUAACAUGGGCAGAUUGAAAGGGACAUUUAAACAGGCUUUACCAGAAUGGCGCGCGGGCAUCAAAAACUUCAGUCCCAGCAGAAAAAUGAAAAGAAACAGACGGAGAUGAAGAAGGCAAAGGGUCAUGACCAAAAGACAGCCGCCAAGGCAGCGCUAGUGUUCACCUGCCUGGUGUGCCGGACCCAGAUGCCCGACCCAAAAACCUUCAAGCAACACUUUGAGAGCAAGCAUCCGAAAUCCCCUCUGCCCCCCGAGUUAGAGGGAGUGGAGGCAUAAACGGUCACCAUGGAUACCAAACCCAUUCAAUGCCCUGCACCAACUCUGCACUUGUCUCAGUCUGACAGCAAGUGAUGAAUCGAUGUAACCAACUAAAAUAGUUAGCUAUAUCUACGUAGUCUUUGACAGGCCAGGUUGCUUUAACACAAUGCUUCCCCCCCCCCUCUCCAGUCCUCUUUUCACUUGUGGUUAAAUAACUUGCCGGGCUAAACUUAAAUACCGGUUUUAAUUCCAGGGCCACUGGAGUUCCAGGAACCAUUCAAGUGUCGAAUGAAGAUUUCUACCUUCCUUCACUAAGUUCCUCAGAACAGUCACUGCCCUGAUGUCUUAUGCACAUAUGAGUAUUUCUAGCUGCUAGCUCUUGUACCUCUCUUAACUCAAGCUUCAAUUAAAUCAAUUGUUUGAUAAACCUAUAAAGCAAAAAGACAUAUGUUGUAAAGACAUAAAGUGUCUUCAAACAAAGCAUGGGAUUGGCUUGGGUGGGAAAAUUCAGAUUUAAAAUGAGCUACAAUCAAGACAAUGGCAGAUGUGACCUUGUCUUUUUUUAUUUGUGCUUCAAGCAUUGAAUCAAACUGCAAUCUUUCACCUAGCUAAUCAUAAUUUCAUGUUGGGUCAACAUUUUUUUGAAAUUUCACAGGCGAGUGUAAGCAACUCGGAUACGAAU